GCAUGACUCUCUGGAUCAGUUCUUUGCCUCUCCUUGUUUUGAUUGCUGUUUCAGCUCCUACCAUUAGUCGUGCUAUUCCCAAUCAGCAUCUAUGUGGCUCUCAUCUAGUGGAGGCCCUCUACCUGGUAUGUGGAGAACGAGGCUUCUACUAUUCUCCCAAAACACGACGGAACAUCGAACAGCCCCUAGUGAACGGGCCUUUACAGAAUGAGGUAGAAACACUGCCAUUCCAACCACAGGAAUUUCAGAAGAUGAAAAGAGGAAUUGUGCAGCAAUGCUGUGAAAAUACCUGCUCCCUCUAUGAGCUGGAGAACUACUGCAACUAGAAGAGGAAAAUGGGUCUAUGCAGGAGUGAGUGGAGAAGAAAGCACUUUGCUAUUGCACCU